AUACAAGCUUAGGAGGAAUAGGAGUAAACGGAGGGAACUAACUAGCGAAGAGAUAACGAAGAAGGAGGCGAUUUGCAGAAUGAGUUCUUCUGCUUCUCUUCCACCCUUCUCCGUUUCUUCAUCUUCUUCCUCAACCAUUGCUUCUUUGCUUCCUUCCUCCACUCCCUUGUGCUUCUUGCAACCCCGCUUAAUCUCAACCUCUGCCACAUUUAAACAGCACCGCUUCUCAUUUCCUUCUGUCAAAGGAAGAAGAAAGUUCCCAACUUUACCAUUUUCAUCCACGAAAAGGUUCCUUGUGAGAGCUGCUGAGUACAAAUUCCCUGACCCAAUUCCCGAAUUCGCAGAUGCCGAGACGGAAAAAUUCAAAAGCCACCUUCACCAAAAGCUUACAAAGAAGGAUAUAUAUGGAGAAUCCGUUGAGGAAGUUGUAGGAAUUUGCACUGAGAUUUUUAGCACUUUCUUACACUCCGAGUAUGGAGGUCCUGGUACACUUCUGGUCCUUCCUUUCGUUGACAUGGCGGAUACCCUGAACGAGCAAGGAUUUCCUGGUGGACCAAUAGCUGCACGUGCUGCUAUCACUUGGGCACAAAAUAACGUGGACAAAGACUGGAGAGAAUGGAAUAAAGUUGAUAAGAAAUAGUAAAUAGGGUCCUGUUACAACUGUGGUGCUUUUGCUGUAAGAGACCUAAAUGAGUAGUUUUGAUAUCCAUUUCUUUAGUGCCUUUUUGGUCUAGGAUUGUUAGAGUUGUUGAUUUUGAAAUAGUUAUUUAUUAGCAAUUAUUUAUAUUAGAACGUGUAUUCCUUUUAGGGAAAGAGAAAAUAACCUGAGCCUAAGAUGGACAACAAAAUGCAGAUAGAGGUUUAAUUCGUUCACUGUUUACCAUGCUUU